AUGCCUGAGCCAACAGCGAGUGGGACUCGCGUCCGCCGGACACGGUCAACGGCGCCUGCAGGGGGUGCAGAGGACCCAGUUGCACGCUUCGAGAUAGGAGCAGCACCCACGUCUCAGCAGCAAAUCAGGAAGCGAGCGGCGGUGAUGACCGCAGCCCAUGCACCAGCCGAUAGCACAGCAAGCAGCUCUCGGUCAAGUAGCAAGGUUAAGUCCGCGAAUUCCUCACGUACGACACCCGUCUCACGAAGCUCGCCAACUGCUGGCGUCGAUACGACCAGUGCGGUCAUGCCUGCCCAGAGCAAAGGAAAAGGCUCUGCGGUCGCGUCCAAGCCCUCGUCAUCUGCAGCAAGAAUCACAUCCGGGCAGCCUCGUUUAGACAAGGCUGCUAAUCGUGCUCCAGUAUCAGCGAGCAAAGGCGCUCCAAAACCUGCAGCCGUCGCCAAAGCGGUCGUCAGGCCACCUUCUUUUUCCAAAGCUUCACAAGCUUCGCUUGCGGCAGAGUCAGCUCUCGUGGCCCUAAAGACAGUCAUUGCCAAACCCGCCUCAUGUACUCCUUCUCAGAGUAUCCAGCUCCUUUCUCUGCUUGGCACGACGGCGGACGCGCUCAGUCUCACUUUAUUAGCGGCCCCGAAGUCAAAUGCCGCAGCAACUUCAAGGUCGGCCUCAAUCGCGAAAAAAUGUGAGGAGUAUUCCUUGCUCAACCUUGAUGCCAAUCAAAAGGCAGUGAUAUGCAAGAACAUCAUCAACGCUACCCUCACAUCUCUCAAUACUCUGCUCACCGCACAGUGGUCAGCGCCUACGACUGAAAGCAGGGCAUCCACAGCGCGAUCUGCCAUCCCUUCUCAAGUACCGGCGUCUCGGGCUACAAAUGCUGACGUGUCCAAGAUUAUGGAGGUCACAGAAAGCAACGUCAAGGCCCUGGCAGAUGGGCUCAGGAUCUCUGCGAAAUUUCUUUUGCAUCUGGACAAGGUGCAACUUCAGAGGCGGAGCGCAGAUCAGGACACGGGUUCCGAGAAAGAUGGCUCGGACCUAAAACUAGAAAAUGUUCUAUACGUCUUUGUCAGGAAGCUGCAAGGGCUAGGCCUGAAUGAGGUGGCAUUGGCAGAAUGUGCCGAUCUUGUCAGCCUACUGUCAUUAGGUGCAACCACAACUACUUCAUUGGCUAGUCCAUCUGCUCGAUCAAGAUCGUCAAUGAUGACAAAAUGCGCUGCUCUCAUACCAUUUCCACUAGCGUCAGGCGAAUUUGCUGCAGAGAUGACAGCACAACUCCGCUGCACAACUCUUCUUGUGCAGGUACAAGCGUUAGCCCUGACAUGCGCGUUAUCUUUGGCACAUUCGCGGGAAGACCUCGUCAGCGUGUCGCAGAUACUGGCCGAGGAAUUUGGCCCGCUCGGAUGGCAGCGAUACGGGAGGGCACUCUUGGCGCCGCUUCUUGCGUUACAGAUUACACAGCAGCCGCAGGUGUCACCAGGACAAGUUGCCGACAGUGAAGUAAGCGCACAGCAAAGCGUGAAGGCUGAACAGGCUCCCGCGGUACAGAUCCUUGCCGCCGAGCUCCUCAGCCAACUAGACAGGGUGGCAUACUCGAUCGAGCGACACGUCUCUCGUACUGUCGAGCGCCUCGUCAGUAGUGACAAGGCUGUUGUGGCAUCCGCAUCUUCCGCCUCGUGUUCAAAAACCAGAACUAUCAUCCCCUCUGCUCCUCAAUCAAAUGGGACAUCUUCAGCCAGUGGGCCGUCUCCGCGAUUGCCAGUGCUUGACCCUUCGAGCCGCUAUGUCUUGCAGGCCCGGCACCGCGCCGCAGCGCUUCUACUUUUUGCCUCCAAUAUUGACAUGGAUGUCUACUGGGAUCGAGCUAUGCGCUUUGGCCACAACCACAUGCGAUACUGCAAGGAGGCCUGGCAGCGCCAGCAAUGCGAACAGGACGGAGGGGAUAGAUCGCUUGAGAGGAGCAGUGUCGCCGAAUGGAACAGGGAUAACUUUGUGCACGUCCAUGAGGUAUACAAGGACCUGACACAAUCGGCGACUCGGCUCGGCAAGCUCGAUAAACAGUCAAAGGGCUUCGUCAGCUUCCUCGAUGUUUGGUCUUCACUGGCAACAAAAGCGGGAUCGGUAGAUGCAUUCAACGUCAUCGAUAACCUUGCUGCGUCCGGCUCCACUGGCGAACAGCCGCCAUCUCCGUCGCAAGACCUAAGUGUCGGCAGUCCACCGAAGAGUCCGUCUAAGGCGUCAGCAAUCAAAGAUUUUAGCCUGGUACAGCACUGUUCCAAGUUGCGCAAAGCCGCCCUCAUCCUGGAAGGCAGGCUCAACAAUGAGGGUUCUCAUGACCAUGAUGUUCUGAGCGCGCUCGAGCCAGCUCAGUUCGCGGUUCUUGCGAUAUGUUCUCACCUGCGUAACAUCGACCUGACAGAGCGCGUGAAAGUUUUUGGCCUUGUUGAGGGCAUGCGCAAGCGUGCGCAGAUACUCCUGCAUAAAGUGGACCAAUCCAAAACGCCGACACCGCUUGCCGAUCCCUUUGCUAGCCCAACGCGUAACGAAAAGGGAAAGGGAAGCGAUGACGGCCUAGUCGAUGCCUUGCUGCGUCUCUUGCUGGCGUUGCAGUCAUGGUAUGAGAGCAUGUGCGAGAGCCCCAGCUUGGAUACGACCUUCACCGCCGAACACAUGCUCGAAGGAGCGCUUCAAGUCGCUGAAAUCAUCUGCAAGCAUCACCCAGAUGCUCGCGACCAGAGCAGCGCGCAUGCAUUUUGCGAAGAGACAUUGGGGAAGUGUCGCCGCUUGGCGGAGGUUCCAUCGACGAAGGCCUCGAUCCCUUCAGAUGCUCGAUACAAAUUCCUGCACAUGCUAUCGAAUGCAUGGUACAGGCUUGGUCAUCGGCUAUAUCACGCACGACAAGCUGCACAGGCUCAACACUUUCUCCGAACGGCGUGCGAUCUCGGGGAAGAAGCCGAGUCGCUGGCAAAAGAACAGCAAGUCAACUCAAGCCUUUCGCAGGCAUCUAGGGAGGAUCUAUCGCGCAAAUGGGAGCACAUGGCAAUAUGCUAUCGCGCAGUUAAGCAGACACGGCGUGCAGUCGAAGCACACGCGCGAGUCUUGUCUCUGGUAUCAGUCCCUACAUGGCAAGCGCUCGCCAAGCGUGCAGCUUCCCUCAGUACCACUUCAAUUUUUGUCGAAAAGCCAUUCGCUAGCCUCGCGAUGCACAUCAAAGCCAUCGUCGAUUUCACGACGUUCGAACUGCUUCUGUCGCUAAACUCAAGUGAAUCGUUUGGCCUGUCGAACGUGCUCGCCAACGCGCCACACGAUGCCGCUGCAUCGCUUCUCGAGCAUGCAGCCACUCAACUUCUCUCUACGAUGAUGCAUCGCGAAGGCUGUGCUGAGGCCUGCAGUGCGGUUCUUGGGCGGUGUGCGCAGCUUCUGUCUGAUGCACACCAGCCCUUACGACUCGCUCGCAUUCGACUCCGAGAGGCCGAGCUCUCUAUUACACUGCGAGAUGUCGAAGCAUGCGCUACCUCACUGGCGGAAGCAGAGGACCUCUUGCAGAGGCAAGACCUGGGGCAGGACUGGGCGCUUGAAAGUCUGAGGUCCAGCUAUAUUGCCACGGCGUGCCUUCUGGGUAUCAUUGGGCGGCGGUACGAAUCGUCUCCAACACCCGUGCAGCGGGCGAACGAGCUUUCACAUGACGCGUGCCAGGCAAUCUACCCUCUUCUGGGCAUGGUCAAAGCACGAUUCUCUUCCGCACAACAGACAGAAGUGAAGGGGAGCAGUAACGCUGCCAAGUCUGGUGCCCCGCCUUUCACGCCUCCACGACGACCGAUGCAGACUGCUGGCCUUACUGAGGAUACUGGCAAGGCCCUGGGUCGCGCGCCGCUCAAUGUCUUGACUCAGGUCAUAGAUGACCCUGUGCACUUGGCCAAAUUACUCGAGACCGCAGAGGACUUCUUGGGUGCGUUUGGCCAUUCCCUUGCCGCGCUGGAGAUUCUCAAAGUCUCUCGGCGGCUCCGUUGGCAGAUGGCUGGCGGUGCAAAACAAGAGGAUGGUUUCCUCCAAGCUUCUGCAUCACUUGCCCGCCAGUAUGUCUUCCUCGGCCGCCUUUCGCGCGCGUCUUCGAUCAUCAAGACCUUUAUGCACGACUUGCACAGCUCGGGUCGUGAUGUGCUGGCGGACACCCACUUCAGGUGCCUCCUCGCUAGUGCCGAACACCUCAUUCGCGUAGGGUCAUUGCCUGAUGCAAGCGAACGGUACGAACGUGCUGUUGCUAUUGCCAGAGACCUGGCGGCACCGGAAAAAACGACGCAAUGGGAGCGAUGUCGGCACAGAGCGCUGACUUUCGAGCGACAAGCUGCAGCUGCCUCCGUGUUCAGCUCUCUCGCUCUUGCCAAGGGUGACCUGGCCACCAGCAUCAGUGCCGGUCUUGCCAGCAUGAAGCGGCUGAUGCGGGCCGUGCUUCUCAUCAAGAAGUUCGUUACAUGGGAUGCAGAAAGUGGCGCCCCUCUGGAAGAACUAUUUGAUGCUGUGACUGUUGCGCCUGCAACCAAGGCUGAUCCCGUCGGCGCUGUGAUUGCAGCGCAGCAGCUGUAUUGGUGCCUAUCGCGUCACCUGUCUCUUGCUUCUCACCGACUAAGUUGUCUGUACAGCUUGCGCGGCUCUGCCAUGGAUGCGGAGCUGUUCGCCUCGGAAACGAACAAUUUGACAUCGAAAGAAUUUACGUCAUCGCUCGCCGGCGCACGGUCCCUCAUCCAUCGCGCUGAACUGCGGGCGAAGCUCAAUCAGGACGUAGACAGUCGAGUCGACCUCGAACGAGCCUUUUCCAUGCUGAGCGAUCUACCUUCACCGGAGGUGAUUGAUCACGCGCUCGUCAAAGUUAAUGAUUUGAGCAAGGCAUCUCGAGCAGACGCGCUCUCGCUUCUCAUGUCAAGCUCAACUAUAUUGAAGGCUCUCGAUGCCGCAUUCGCCGAGGUAGACACCGCGCUCCCAUCGCCUGCUCCGCCGGCGAGGCUUUCGGCCGCCUCAACCGAGCUGGGGAAGACCAGCCGUCGAUCGAGUAUCAAUGGGAGGCAAGAGGUCUUGCCUGAAGUGCAUGCUCGACUGCUACGUCGGCAAGCUUGGCUGAUGCACCUUUUGAACAGUGAAGGUGAGGCUAAACGCCUCUUGGAGGAAGCGUCGGCUGUCGAAACUUCUGCCGAUGGCCGUCAAGAAGGAGCGUUGCUUCGCGGGCGCAUCGCUAUGAAGACAGCCGAAUCUUCGCUUUCGCACGAUCGCGCUCUCGCAACACUUGCAGAUGCAGCGAUAGCCAUGCCACUCGUUGCGACCUGCCGCAGCUCAAAAAUGGCCAAGUCAGUUACCGUCCCUCUGUCAGCCCUUUCAGCUGCGCGAAAGGACUUUUCAAGCAUCGUCACUGGAGCCGAUGGUGUGCCGCACAGCCUCUUGCAGCGAGAAGCGGGGACAAAUCUUGUCUUGGCUGGGCUGAUUGAGUCGAGUCUUGGCAAACCUUCGCUUUCAUUGGAAGCCAUCAGCUCGGCGCUGGCGAAGAGUGUUAGCGUCGCUCUAGAACGCGAAUACGCCGAAGCUCUGAGGAUGAAGGUCGACACUUCUCUUCAGACCAAGUCACCGGAUUGGUUUGCAUCUCAGGAUGAAGCAAAGGCGGAACACGCCUUGCACCGGUCACCACAACUGGGGGUAAGGUCACCAGAACUGGAGAGCGACGACGAAGACGACGAUGCGGGAGCCGAAGACAUGUGCAAAUUCUGGAAAGCUGCACAGUGCCGCCUCGCGGAUGGCAGUAACCAGUCCGUCUCCUUACCGGACCAUUGGACCGUCAUUUCUGUUUCUUACGACCGAGAGCGCAACAGCUUGAUCAUCUCUCGGCGGCGCGGUGAUGCAUCGACAAUGGUCUUCAGCAUCCCGAUCGAUAGGCAGAGUCGCCACGAGGGCGAAGAGCAUGAAUUGACCUUUGAUGCUGUUCUAGGCGAGCUCUCAAAUAUCGUUAAAACAUCCAACACUACUGUCCACGCAGCGAAGGAUCUGCAAGGUAUGGAUGCUCGCAAGAAAUGGUGGACGGACCGGAGGGCGUUGGAUCAUCGGAUGAAGGAGGUGCUGCAGAUGAUCGAGGAAAGCUGGUUAGGAUGGCACAAAGCCCUGUUCGCAGAGAACGCGGCACUCACCCCAGAUGAUGCUGCAAACCUAUGUGCGCGCCUGGAUACCGUCUUGCGUACAGCAUGCCUGCAUGGAUCAAAGAAGGCGAGCAAGGUCAAGUUUCAAGACUGCAUCCUCGAGUUGUUCUUCAAUCUAGCGAUCGACUGCCCCAACGACGACCUGGAGGACAUGCUCAGGUUCUUUGCAGACGCAUAUCUCCUGAACGGCGUGCCGAUCGCCGUGGACGAGAUUGACUUUGAUCGUGCGGUUGUGGACCUGCGAUCGGUUUUGGAGGAAUCCUGGGCGAAACGUUCGACAUCUUCAUCGCCGUCGUCGUCUCGAGUGAACUCUUCUGUUGCUCACACCUUUCUCAUCCUCGACAAGGACAUGUGCAGCAUACCGUGGGAGUCGAUGCAGAUCUUGCGUCGCCGAUCUGUCAGCCGCAUUCCCUCGCUCGUCUUUCUGCAGGACCGACUGGAGCUGGCCGCACUGCACGGUGUCACCAAGGACGGUGCAAUGCAGCUUUCGCAGGGGCGUUCCUUCUACGUCCUCAAUCCGAGCGGCGAUCUCAAACGUAGCGAGGAACGCUUCCGACCGUGGGUGCAGCGGCACGCAAUGUGGAAGGGCAUCACCGGCCGAGAGCCGAUCGUGAGCGAAUUUGCCGAUGCGCUGGCGACGCACGACCUCUUAAUGUACUUCGGCCAUUCGGGCGGGGAACAGUUCAUCGCACCGUCCGCGCUGAAGGCGCUUCGGAGCUGUGCGGUGACGAUGCUUUGGGGCUGCUCGAGCGGCAUGCUGCGCGACCUGGGCGAGUUCGACCGGACCGGCACGCCGUACUUGUACAUGAUGGCAGGUGCACCGGCGCUCGUGGCAAAUUUGUGGGACACGACGGAUCGGGAGCUGGACAAGGUGUCAGAGUCUACGCUGGUGCGACUGGGGCUGAUGAAGGUGGAGGAGGCCGAGAGCGAGCCAGGUUCGAGCCAGAACCAGAAGCGCGUCACGCCGAUCGCGGACGCGCCGGUCACGCUUCCGCUCGCUAUCGCACAGGCUAGGGAUGACUGUCGGCUGCCAUUCCUCACUGGCGCCGCUUGCGUGGUGUAUGGCAUCCCUGUUGAGUGGAAGCCGUUGGAGGAAUCCAUGACAAGUUGA